ACUCCACAUAAAAAACCAAAAGACUAAUAUCAAAGCUCGGCUCACGUUAGCAAUCUCCGGCAUCCGCCAUGGACGACGCUACGGUGACCUCAGAUCCAGAUCAAGCUCCAAUCAACACAGCUCCCACCGCCACUGCUGACGCAGACUCCGGCGCCGCCACUGCCACUGCCACUGCCAUUGAUGAUCCCUUAAACAAUCCAUACGGCUCGCUGAACGAUCACUGCCACGAGCUCGGCGCCCUGCAGGAUCUGGCUUGCCGAGGAGCGUGGCGAUCGAUCCUCGACAAGAUUGGCCGCGCUCGCUCGCUUUCCCUCCUCACAAAGCCCCAUGAGCACCUCAUCUACCUCACUUACAAUGUCCUUGCUCUCACUAAGCUCCGCCGCUUCUCCGACGCCGGCAACGAGCUCAACACCGUGCUUGAAGGCGACGACUUCGAGACCUCCCAAUACCUAUACGAAACUUACCCUAAUCAUUACCCCAACUCCAGGGGCUCCAUGGUCCCCUUCGCCCUCCGUUGGCUCCACGCUCAUCUCCCCUCCACCCUAGGUCAGCGCCAGCAAGCUCUCGAUCGCCUUUACACCCUCCUCGAUUUCAUUCGUUCCAAGAAACUGAACGAUUUGCAGUCUAGGUCAAAAGUUUCAGAAGAUUUGUGGAGAAAACGCGAAAUUUUUGUGAUAAAUACUAUAAUCAGUUACCAUUUGAGUCAGAAGGAGUUCAAGGUGUGUUCGGAUUUGCUGAAUGAAGUGAUUGGAAAACGAGAAUGUGGGAAUGAUCCCUUUCUGGUGUCAAAACUGGGAUAUGUUCAGAUGCAGUAUGGAGAUUUGGAAGGAGCAAAAACAACUUUCAAAGUUGUAGAAGAUAUAAUUGAGAAUCAGGAUGAUGUGAGGUUGAAGAAUUUAGUCAGCAGGAACAAGGCAUUGAUUUAUAUUCUAGGAAAAGACUAUGUUUCUGCUGUGAGGGAGUACGAGGAGUGCAUAGAGAGGGAUGGGAUGGAUAUCGUGGCAUUCAACAACAAGGCAUUGUGUUUGAUGUAUUUGAGGGACUUGUCUGAUGCUAUCAAAGUGUUGGAGAAUGCCUUGGAGCGGGUUCCCACCGUGGCAUUGAACGAGACUGUGGUGGUGAACUUGUGUAGUAUGUAUGAAUUGGCUUAUGUUAAUCAUGUGGAUAUCAAGAAGACUCUUAAUAAUUGGAUUGCUAGAGUUGCUCCAGAUGAUUUCGAUUCAACGUGUACCCGAAUAUGAGAAUUAAGGAAUGGGAUAGGGGUACUGUAGCUUCAAUACUUGAGAAUGGUAAUGAAUCUUUGCCUUGGUGAUUUUCUGAUUGAGUCCUGGCACUAUCUGAGAGUAAUUAGAACCCGAGGUCCGAGGAUUACAUGUUCUUGAAACAGAUGCAUUUGAAAAUAGUGAAACUCGUCAGCAGCGAUUUCUAACCAGGAAGUGUUGCUGUGUGAAUAACAGACUUAACUGUGCUUCUGAUAUCUAUUGGAGUAAUGGACUGUAGUUGUGGAAUCUUGCUGUGGCUUGGUAUAUGUUAAAAGGAACAAAUUGCUGUCCACCAAGCAAUGUGUUGAUCUUCAGAAACAGUAUCAUUUAUAAUGCAUCUGCUGCUAUGUUCAGAAACGUGAGGGGGGUUCUGAUUUAUAAUUUCUUAGGAGCCUGAACUCUUCUUUGUACCAAAAAAUUAUAAUUCCAUCUGCGGUUAUUCAAAUACGAGUAUUUUAUUCA